AAUGAAAGGAGGUUUGCAGCAGCAGCAUCGACAGCUGUCGGUCGGUUGGAGGUGAACAGCAUUCAAAAUAUUUUUAAAAUCCUACAAUUCUACACUUCCGUCCUAAAGUUUGAUUUUAUCUCGGCUCUGGGUGUGAACACAGUGCUGGAACGCGCCGACGUCCGUGUUUCUAUUGGCUCUCCGCUGCGUCGCUCAGAAAAUGACGACUUUGCUGCUCAAACCGACUGAUGCUGAGGCUUCACUAACACCGAGCCUCUGAAGAACUGUUGACGGAACAAAAUGACCUCCCCGUCGUGUGCGCUAUGCGUGCGGAUUCGGGGCUAACCUCCAACCGGAUCCCGCCUGAAUGAGACGUUUGGUCGUGUCACGACGCACAGGCCAAGCUGAUGAUUUGCCCCGGUCGAUCCACAUGAUGCUGCCUUUUCGUCUUCCCUCAUCCUCCUCCUAAUCAUCAUCAUUUUAAUGGAAAUGAUGCCCUGCGCUUCUCAGACCGAGCGUUCUCAGCACACGGACGGAACAUCGCAGCAGCAGAUGCACUCAUGUGGAGUUUUGGAUAGAAGAACAAGAGCAACGUAAAUAUUUGGAAUAAAAGGACUAACACGUGCACUUGAGCCACAAAUAAACAAAGCUGAGUCUUUUAAAAAAGUAUUACAAAUUUCUGAAGAGUACUGAAGAAAAACAGACUAAGAUGGAAGAGGAGUGAAGAUGUAGUCGGAUGCUUUCCACGUGUCUCCCGGAGCCUGCAGUUCACUCUGUCAGCCGCUGGUCAGAGACCUCACAUUGAAGCCGGAGCAGCCCAUUUCACCCGGUGGAGGAGACCCCACUCUUGGUGAUGUGAUGAAUAAGUUUGAAGUCCUUGGCAUUGUGGGAGAAGGAGCAUAUGGAGUGGUGCUUAAGUGCAGGCACAAGGACACCAAUGAGCUGGUGGCCAUUAAGAAAUUCAAGGACAGUGAAGAAAAUGAGGAGGUCAAGGAGACGACUCUUCGGGAGCUGAAGAUGCUUCGGACGCUGAAGCAAGACAACAUUGUAGAGCUGAAGGAGGCUUUUCGUAGGAGGGGCAAGCUCUACCUGGUCUUUGAAUACGUGGAGAGGAAUAUGCUGGAGCUGUUGGAGGAGUUUCCCAAUGGUGCACCACCAGAUAAAGUUUGCAGCUAUAUAUUCCAGCUCAUCAAGGCCAUCAACUGGUGUCACAAGAAUGAAAUAGUACACAGAGACAUCAAGCCAGAAAACCUUCUCAUCGGUUCUAAUGACAUUCUCAAACUCUGCGACUUUGGUUUUGCUCGUAACCUGUCUGAAGGAACAGAUGCCAACUACACGGAGUACGUUGCUACAAGGUGGUACCGCUCUCCUGAGCUGCUGCUGGGUGCUCCAUAUGGAAAAGCUGUGGACAUGUGGUCUGUGGGGUGUAUCCUCGGGGAGCUGAGUGAUGGACAGCCCCUGUUCCCGGGGGAAAGUGAGAUUGAUCAGCUCUUCACCAUUCAGAAGGUUUUGGGGCCGCUUCCUGCAGAACAGAUGAAACUCUUUUACAACAACCCGCGAUUUCAUGGAAUCCGGUUUCCCUCAGUUACUCAUCCCCAGACUUUGGAAAGAAGGUACCAAUGCAUUAUGAGUGGCUUAAUGUUGGAUUUGAUGAAGAGUAUGUUGCUGUUGAACCCUACUGAGCGUUUCUUAACUGAGCAGAGUUUAAACCAUCCGGUGUUUCAGCCUUUGAGGCAGGUAGAACGGGAGAAGUCGUCUCCGGCAUCGCCAAACCCGCCACGCUCCUCCAAGAGGAAAACACACCACCACGGAGAGAACACAGUUCCUACAAGAAGUCACACUAAGAGCUCCAGUCGCCGCUCCACCAGCAAAGAGUGUUCCAGCCUCCCUCGCCACGGGGACCUCCAUCACCUCAGCAAUGAGAGUUUCCUGAAUGGCAACAAACCAGCUCCGUCGAGUUUAAGUCCUACGCUCCACCCAAAGGGCCAGUAUCUAUCCCAGACCCUGAAUCGUUCUGCCUCUUCUAGCAAAGACCUGGCUAACAACAACCUGCCACACCUUCUCAGUCCCAAAGAGCCAAAAAGCAAGACAGAGUUUGAUUUUAACCUGGGACCCUCCGCAAAGCUGUCAGAUCAGGGACACGGAGCAAAAUAUGGCCACAGCAAACCAAGCUCCUCUCGCUCUCAGCAGCAGCAGCAACAGCUGCAACAGCAGCAGCAACAGCUGCAACAGCAGCAGCAGCAGCAGGCCGGGCGCCAUAACUUCCUGGAAAAUAAAACCAACACACUGCAGUCUGGUGCAGAGAAGCAACAUGGCCGCCAUGCCCACAGUAUGGCUGACUCUGCUCAUGGGUCCAUGUCCUCAUCCUCUAAAAGUUCAGCCUCUUACCUUAGCCUGUCCAAGAGCCACAGUGGUCUUAGUGAUGCCAAAUCUGUGGGGAAUCUCAGCGAUGGCCGACUUCACCCAGAUGACCCAAAUGCCAACACAGCUGCUGUUGCUGCACCAAGUGCCCGAUACUUCCCCGCCAGCUGUUUAGAGCUCAACGCUCCUUCAGGUCCCCCCGGACCCCCUGGCAGCCCCUCUACUCGGCACAGUGACCGGUCUGGGCACAGCCCCGCUUCUCGUAGCAGCGGAAACGUCCGCAUGGAGAGCAGCACGCUGGACUCCUCAUCCAGGCACAAAUCCAGGCAUAAACCCUUGGCACCAGAUGCUGGAGCUCCUGAGCUCUUAGACCCAGGUGGACCAGGGAUGCCCAACACUCACACUCUUCCUUCUCCACAUGAGUCUUAUCACUAUGGCCUGGGCUACACCUCCCCCUUCUCCUCCCAGCAACGACCUCAGCGCCACUCCAUGUACGUGAGACGGGAACGCCACCGACCUCAUGGGGUUGAAGGUGGCAUGACGGGUUUGCCUCCUCCUGGGCAGACGAUACCAACACGAGCCAGUAGCCUCCAGCUCCUCUCCCCUCAGCUGCCACAUCGGACCACCCUGACUGGACAUUCAGUCAGCUCGUCAAGAGAAGACUGCACUGAUGACAUGGCGAGGAAUGAGCAGCCCCCUAAAGACAUGAACCACCCUUGCGCCCCCAUCAAAGACUCUACGAGGGACACCUCAGCUGCUUUUCACACACAGCGCUCUAAAAAUGAGGUUGGAAUGUAUCAUGAUCCUCACGGUGACGAUGGAGGUUCCUCCAAGGAGAACCGCAUGAUCUUCACUGAGUCCAUGCCUCGGAGAGUUGGCAGUUUCUACAGAGUCCCCUCCCCCAGACCGGAUAACUCCUCUUCUUUCCACGAAGGUGUUGGUCAGGGUCGAGGACCAGUUGUGCCUGUUGUAGCCGGUGACCCAGGUGGCAUGGCAAACCACUCCAAACGCCAGACGGCCUUUGACUGGACUGCUGCAGAGGCGAUGGUCAUGAAUCCUCCAGAGCCCACCAAAGAGAAGGAGAAACAAGGCUUCUUCAAAGCCAUUAAAAAGAAAAAGAAGAAGACACAAAUAACGGAUAUGGAGGACGGAAGGAAUCCCAGCAUCAAGAAAAGCCUUUUCCCCCUUUUUAGCUCUAAGAAUAGCUUAAAGCACAACUCGGCUGUCAAAGUCCUCCCUGUAGUCGCCUCGCCUAUGGUACAACACCAGCCUACUGCGCCCUACCCUGCCUCACCAGUUAUUGGAAAUGGACAAGAACACUUGUCCCUGCAGAGGAGCUCCAAGUCGACCUCUCACCACGGCAGCCGGCGGAAAAACCGUGAACGAUCCCGGGACAGAGACCGAGACCGGGAACAGAGCAGGGAUAGGGACCGGGACAGGGAGCGAGAGAGAGAAAAUAAAAGAGAAAGGGAGAGAGAGAGGGAGAGGGGGAGGGAAAGAGAGAGAGUCAUUGACUGGCCACCAGAAAAACAAGUGGACUCACACUCUCAGAGCCAACCACUCAAGUCUCUUCGUCGGCUCCUUCAUCUCUCCCCCUCUUCUUCAAAUCAAGGACAGCCAUCUCCUGCCCCUCCUCUAGACCUGCGCUUCCAAGCCCCCCUCCCUAACCCCCCUCAGCCCUCCUCCAAACCAGGUUAUUCUGAGAGUCGAGGGCACACGGAGAGCCGGGGCCACUCGGGGGUGAGCAGCUCCAGCCAGGCAAAGAACCGCAAAGCCAGCUACCCCUUACCUGGACAGAUCGAGUCCAGCUGGCACGUGUCUGCUUUACAGCGAGUAGAAGGGGCUCAGUUUACUCCCGAGCAGUUGGGCAUCAAACCGGGUCAGAACGGACCAACAUUUACCCGAGCCGCUCGCACCAGGAUACCAAAUCUUAACGACCUGAAGGAGACGGCCCUGUAACGAUGUCAGACCUCUCUCCAUCUUGAAUGAAAACCUGCCAGACAUCAUGGUACUGUAGGAAAACAACACUUGAUAUGUGGGAAUCUGUUGUUUGUCACAUCAUGGAAAUCUACAAAGUCUAGUACCAGUGUCCUUAGAUUAACGCGAGGACAGGCUGCUAGUCCUGCGUCAUCCGCUUUCAUCAGAAGAACCUUAUAUGUCCUGUGAAAGAGACACUGCCUAUGUGGCCUCUCUGCUGCCAUCUUCUGCUUGCGGGACGCUACAACUCAGACGUCUGUCUCAGCAGUGGCCUGUUGAACUCAAAGGUUUUUCAUCCUCUUGAUAUUUGAUAACAAGAAAAAAAAGAGAAAGAUUUAUAUCAUUAUUUAUAAAAUAUUUAUUUGUUUUAAAUUCAAGGAUAUAAGCUAUAAAUGACACUAUGUAGGUUAUAUGGAAAUAUUCUAAGAUUGUUUAGGAGUAAAUGUGUAAUUGCAAGAGCUUUAUUUCGACACAGAGAGAUGAAUAAAUAUUUACGUGUUGAUAAUAUAAAACGUCACAAAGAAUAUUUAAUAAUGGCGAAUGUCCUUUUUGUCAUAUAUGAUGUUUUAACAUAUUCUUUUCUUUAUGUUGUGUUAUUUUUACUGAUUUCCCUGUUUGUUUUAUCAAAGAGAAAAAAGAAAUACUGAUGAACACUCAACAGUGCUGAUAUUACAUGUAGGACAACCCCCUUCAUGAAGGUUGGGCUGUUUGUCAGCAGGGCUUGGCAGUGAGACUGCUAGGCUCUGUGUUUUAUGUUAGAACACAUUAUGUUCCAUUUCAAGUUAUUUUACCUUCAGUUCUUUUUUUAUUAAUGUGUGACCACAGCUUUCCAGCUCCAUGCUGCCAUGGUUUGGGCUUGUCUUGCUACCAUAGAGGGACACAGCAUAUGUUUUUAUCUAUGUUUUAGUACUAUUAAGAGAAGUUAACCUCUAGAAAACUGAAGUUUAAUGAUAUGUAACCCUUAAGAUUGUUGCAACAUAAAGGGCAUACCUCAACUAAAGCCUACAAGAGCUUAAGGGAUAAGUCUGGUUGUAUUUCCUUUGAAAUGUGUCCUCUGUUAUUGACCAAAAGUAAUCAGUAAGUUAAAUAAAAUAUUUCAAAGGUGUUUUAGCAACAACAAAAUAGGUUCGCAGAUUCUUAAACCAGCUUGUAGAAAUUAGGAUGAUCGUGUGUUAAAGUUAAAAGUUAAUUAACAAUAUAUAGUAAUCACCUUCUUAUCAGUAGUUGUAGCACGAAGUCAAUUGUGUCACAUUUUAGGAUGGUGAAAUGUAAACAUCCCAAAAAUUCCUGGCAAUUUUGUAGGAGUCACAUCUGGGGAAAAACAUAAUGCUUAAAUGAUCCAUCUUAAAUGUGUCAUUAUUUUUCCUUUAAGGAUAUUUUUAGCUAUUUUGAAGUGUGUUUCUGUGUGAAACUUAAGGAGAGUUUAAUGAACAAUAAGACUGAUUAGAUUAGACUGAGCAGAGACAAGAACAAAAACGCAUUUCUUCUGUCUUUAAAGUGACUGUGUGUAUUUUCGCUGGCGAUUAGGGCAGUACACACCUAAAUCAUGAAAACCAAGAAGUAUUUUUGUGCUCAAGUAAGACCUUACCAACGGAUGGCCAUUAGGGUAAAAAAUCCCUGGGAGUGCAACCUCCAGCAAAAUGACAAACACAUCCGACUCCCUUUCAUCACUGGCAACAAGUGAAGAGGUAAAAGUGUAAAACAACAAUGUUUAUGAAUGGCAAAAGUUUUGUACCCAUUUGUUACAAAUCAGUAAAUGUAUUUUGUCCUCAUGGGCUCCCGUAGAAGGAAACAUGGCAUCUAAUAUGGCGUCGCCCAGAGACUUAGGGUGCUUUUCAAUGUCAAGGCGCCUGGCCUAUAGCAAGGUGUUGUCUUACUAGGCCAGGCGCUUUGCUUACAAGGACACUGUCCCUCCUUGAUUAAAGAAAACGGUUAAAUGGAACAGACUUACGUCACAUGACCACGGCUCCCGUGGCGGUCACGUACCAUCAAGUGACACGUGAGGUAAAAUUAUAUUUUAUAUGUAUAAGUUUCAAUAUAAAUGUAUGACGGGCCUUUUAUGUUUUUAAUUGUGUAUAUAAAUUGGUUAAAUUAAAGAUGUAAGUGUGUUACUACCUGCUAGCCGCUGAAGCUGCAACUACUUAGCAACUAAUCAACAAUACUGUAUCUAAAAAAAAUUUCAGAUAUCAGACCAAUAGUUAUAAUUAGUUGACUUAUUUUAAACAGGAAAUUUGCCCCCGAAGUAGCUGCUGGCUCCUGAUUUGGCAUCCUUUUGAAAAUACUGCGCUGUAUUCUUGGAAAUUGUCAACCAUGGCCAGGCUACAAGACACCUCCCGUGUAUCCUUGGUCAGCUAGCUAAACAGCUAACAAAUAGAGAACAGAUGGCUCCGUAGACCAUGAACAUUGGAAACGAAUAGAACACGCCAUGGCCUUUCCUCAUGACGUAUCUCCUAGGCAACCAGGGCAGGACCAAGGCAUCAAGGUGAGGUUCCUUGACAUUGAGGAUCACCCUUAGACUCGCUCCCAUGUAUUUAGUCCCAAUUUUUAUGGUUAUAUGUUACGAAGUCACCAAUGUUGUUCAACAACUGGGCAUCAUUUAAUUAAUUUUCAAAAACAUGUUGAUAUUUCCAGAGAUCAACGGUAAAAACUACACAUUGUCUCUUUAAAUUACUCCAAGAGCCGUCUUAAUGCAGUGGUGUUGGCUGCACUCAGACCAGUUAGCCCUAUUUAUCCAAACUGAGGCCACUUGAUUAGCUGUCUCCAACAAGUGAGCUUUAAAUUAAUAAUAACUUACGCAUAAAAAACACUAGUAAAACAUCCCUUUAACAGUGAAAGGCUGACUAUUUAUAAUGAAGGAUCUAAACGUCUGUCAAGUUUAUUACCUGAUUCUUACUUUGUUGACAAAUGAAAUAACACCAGACUUAUUCUGUAAUGUUUGUUUACAUCUUCUGUGUGCAAUUUAAAACUCCUGCCAUCAUGUCUUUUGAAUGAUUUUGUAAAUCUGAACUGUAAUUUCUCCAUUUCAUUCAUUUCCAACGCCAGCUGUCAUGAUCAGGGAUGAUUUUAUUUCAACUUGGUUGUUUUUAAAGCAUUUACUUGUUGGUCUCAGCACGGUAUACAGCACAGCGUGUCUUCUAAUCUUGACUGUAUCCUUCAAUUGCAUCUGAUCUUUUCUAUCAUCAGUCUAAGAGCACAUAAAAAGAAGGAACAAGUUAGAUGUUUGCUAGCUUGAUGGUAAAUAAGACUUGUGAGUACAUGGCUGAAUGAAAGCAAUAACAAGAAGAGCGAUACUCAGAGUGAGUCGGUCUGAGUGCACUGAAGAAAAAAGUCUGUUGGAUUUACAUAAUUGAAUGAUGUAAAUUGUAGCAGUGAGGAUUUGGCUACAUAUUAUUAAAUGAUCAAUAAGAUGUGAUAUUCCAUAUAAAGAUAAAUUAUCUAUCUGAUUGGUCUUUGAAUAUUUGACUUAAUAUUACCUUAGGUAAAACCUUUGACUAUUCAGGGAACACACACUUCAUGUUAAUUCAGACAGAGUCAAGUACAUAGUUUAUAAAAAUUAUUUUAAUUUAUCUUUCUUAACUAAUGAUUAUACAUGACAAAGUAUGAAUGAAAUGAUGGAAUGUAAGCAAGAUGUUUGUAGCAAAACCUUAUUAAGUAUCUGAGAGAUCUUGUGAUGUCUGGGUUGUAAAAUCAGUCUGACUGUAUGGUUUAAUAAGCUACAGAUUAUUCAGAAAACCAUCUGACACCAUCUUGCAGUCUACGAUACGGUGAUGGUCGCUCUCGGGGUCCAGAGAAGAGGCAGCCCGGGUGGUCACCGUCACCAUUUAUAUUCCAUGCAAAUAUGAAUUAUCAAUUUGAUCACUUAAUUUAAUAAAUGUAGCUAAAUUUUCAUCAGUACAACAUCGGUUGCAUGAAAUUUGAUUAUAUUCUGGUUUUAAAACUUCAUUUUAUAAGGCCAACGUGAUAAAUACAUGUUAUCAGAACAUGAUAAUUUAAUGUUAAGAACAUGAAAUUAUCAUGUUCUGAUAACAUGGAAAUAACACAAAUACAUUGAAAUCUUUUCCAAAGACUUUUCCCAGUGUGUUUGUGACCCUAUCUGUUUCUACAACAUGCUCCACAUGCUCCCUGUGAUUCACCUAGGUGUUCUUCUAGUUGGAAACACCGCUGAGUGCUUUUUGAGCCCCUCUAUCACUAUCCUUUUCAGUCAUAGUUUUUGUUUUGUUUUUUUCACUGCCAGCUUAAGAACUGUACACAACUGUUUCUUAGCACAUGUAUAUUUUAUUUCACUUAUAAUAUUUUAAAUGCAAACUGAACUCUGUAAUCAUUUUAUUACAUUUUAUGAUCUAUUAACAUGUAUUUAUCAGGUAUAGUUCAUGCACCUGAUGUGCACGAUCCAGUUAAGUAAAUCCAACAGACUUUUUAUUUCAGUGUGGACUACAUCACAGGAUUACCGGCAGUAUUUUAUAUUGUGAGAAAAAGAGAAAAGUGUUCACAUAAGAUCAACAUUUUGUUGUGCUGAUUUUAAUUUAUCCCUGAACAUGACUCACUGCAUAUCCAGUGAAACUGCCUCAUCUUGUGCAUUAGCGGAAGCACUGAUUGCUAAUGAUUGUAAACAACUGCUCGUGUGGGUUUGUUUGUAUCCGUCCUCGACAGAGUGAUGACAAAGCUUGCCUUUGCAGUGACCCGAAGCCUUACACUCAGCUCACUGACUCAACCCUUUUGAUGGAAACGAACGCUUCGACCCUCAGCAAGUCAAACACACUCUAAGAAACAACAAGAUGACUUUUUCUUUUCUUUUUUUUUUUUGUUCCCAGAUGUGAAUGUGUUUCCUUAAACAUCUUUUUUUCAUUAAGCUGUUUUCCACUUCUGACAGGGUGUAAAUAGGAAUAUUAGACUGUAUCUAUACUGACCAUGAAUAUGAUAGGUUCUCAUAAUAAAUGCCACCUGUACAUUUUUGAA